AUUACGUCCAUCGCCUUCUCGUGUCCCAGCCUUCUCGCGGUGCUACUUUACUUGACAGAGUCAAAAAGGAGCUCCGUCCUUCUCGUGUCCCAGCCUUCUCGCGGUGCUACUUUACUUGACAGAGUCAAAAAGGAGCUCCGUCCUUCUCGUGUCCCAGCCUUCUCGCGGUGCUACUUUACUUGACAGAGUCAAAAAGGAGCUCCGUCCUUCUCGAAUAUCUAAACCAUGCUAACCAUAGGACUAAUACAGAGUCCGCCCUCGGCCCAAUGCAAUGACGAUUCUGGUAAAGAUGCUCCCGUAUCAAAUUCCCAUUACAUUGGCCUGGAUGUAGGCACUGGCAGCGCUCGGGCAUACAUUAUUGAUAGUGAGGGAGAGUUGGUAGGACAUGCCUCCGAGAAUAUCCAGCAAUGGCAGUCACGACCAGGUUGCUAUGAGCAGUCUACUGACGAUAUAUGGCACGUUGUGUGUAAUGUGGUCAGAGAAGCUAUAGUACAGAGCGGCAUUGAUCCUCACACUGUUCGGAGUAUUGCAUUUGCGGCCACAUGCUCCCUCUCUGUACACACACGUGACACCGACGAACCUGUGGAGGUGAGCGGAAGUAGUUCCUCCGGCGCUGUUCACAACAUCAUACUCUGGAUGGACCGCAGGGCCGACAUUGAAGCGGCUUCCAUCAAUAGCAAAGCGCACAGUCUUCUCAAAUACCUUGGCGGCUCAAUAUCGGUACUCAUGGAACUGCCCAAAGUAUUAUGGCUAAAGAACAAUACACCGAAAGAGGUUUUCGACAGAUGCAAGUUUUAUGAUCUGAACGAUGCUCUCACCCACAUCGCGACGGGGAACGUGAGCAUACCUUGUACCGCUGCCUGCGACCAGGAGACAUUACCUCUUGGUGUGGACGGGACAAUCAAAGGAUGGGACAGGGAAUUCUUGGCAGAUAUUGGAUUAGAGGAUCUGGUGGCAAAUGACUUCGAGAAAGUCGGUGGGGUGUGCAAGCACGGACGUCGGCUCUGGCAUCAUGCAUAUGCUGGUUGGGUGGGCACUGUUGGAGCACAGCUCCAAGCACCAGGAAAUCCGGAUGCCUUUCCUGUGCAAUCCAGGUUGGCGUUAGUGGCUGGUACAUCAAGUUGCCUCAUUGUGGUCUCAAAAGCCCCUAUUUUCGUCCACGGUAUCUGGGGCCCUUAUAAGGACUGGGUAUUGCCGGGAUUCUGGAUGUCAGGAGGUGGUCAGACUGCUUCAGGCCAGUUACUGCAGCAUAUGCUGCAGAUCCACCCUGCAUAUGAAAUUACCAUGUCCCUUGCUGAAUCUCAGAAAUCGAACAUAUUUGAAGCCGCUACUUCUUCUUCUAUGAGGGGGUCGGCGAUUGGCCUCACAGCCGACAAAAGUUUAGACAGCCUUGCUAUCACUUACUACGGCGUCAUCGAAUUUCUCGCUCUCCAAAUACACCAAAUAAUUUCCGAGAUGAACCGCGCCGGGCAUACUAUCUCGUCGAUCUUCAUGUCGGGCUCGCAAUGCCAGAACAAAUUCCUAGUAGCCACCAUUGCAACGGCGUGCAAACUUCCAGUUGUCACUCCAAGAUAUGAGAACGCUGCUGUGUGUUGCGGCGCGGCGCUGCUGGCUGCCAAAGCUAGCACGGUGGAGCAAAACGGUAAUACUGAGGACCUCUGGACCGUCAUCCAACGCCUCAGCAAGUCGGGGGAGUUGGUUCGACCGUCGGAUGAUGAAGAUGUGCGAGCGCUGCUGGACGUCAAAUACCAGGUCUUCCUCGAGCAGUGUGAGAGGCAGAGGGUUUUUAGAGCCUCAGUCGAUAAGGUAACUGUGGCGAAGCACAAGUAUAAUCGUUGACGAGCAUGCCUUCUCUUAGAUUCUCAUUUAGCCCAAACCACUGUUUCGAGAGUCACAUGCUAUGCCCGUCCUCUAUUAGCCCACAGGACAGAACCGGAUAUAAGACAAUAACCUCUCUUCGUUCCCUGAAAUUAGCGCUCGUUUAGGAAAAGAAAGAUAAAAUCGAACUGUGAGAAGAAACAUUAGAGGAUUAGUGCUGUAUCGUCUUUUUUGGCGGUCGAGGCCAACACCAAGAACUCCGCCGGCGGGAAAGACAGCCCGUGGACAAUUAUGCAAAUACUCGGACAAAGGGGGGAUAUUCGGCAGCCAGUAGAUGACGCCUUAUUAAGAGACCUACUUAAUACAAAGUAUAUUAUCUAUCUGGAACAAUGGGAAGGACAAAGAGUGUUCAGGGACAUGGUUGAAAAGACGAUUUCAAG